AUGCCUUUGAAACCCACUGUUGUUUUUUUCUCUGAAACCAAACAGUUUUUGUGGGGGCUAACCUGCUACCGACCUUUGCAGCUGCUCUUGGCAGUUUCAAGCGCCUUCGCUGGUCGGUCACGUGACAGGCUGCUCUUUGGUUUCGGAGAGGAGUCGGAUGGCAAGGCCGAACGUCAGGUGGUGCCUCCCAGCUGGAUCUUCUACGACUCCCGCGAUAGCGAGGUGGUGGCGGCACUGCGGGAGGUUGGGAUCCUGGAGGAGCAGCAAGCCUUUUGGGCUUCGAUCUUCCCACAAUCUGAGAUGCGUGCAGUGGCGUCCCUGGUGCCGUGCCAGCACAAGGCCUUGGCGCAUGUGCGGGCCAAUGCAGCGAUGAACCACGAGAAGGCGCUACCAGAGGUGCGGGAGCGCUUUGCAGAGCUGGGCUACGGGGAAGAACAACUGCAGGCAGUGCUGGGCUGGAUUCAGGACCUGGCGCCGAUGUGCAUCCACGUGCACAUUGACAACGUGGGCCGGUUCCUUGAAACAGACGAAUUCUACCGCAACCAGUUCGAGACGGGAACUUCUUGUGGCGCCCUUGAUGAUGGCAACAUCAUCCGAAAGGGCUGGGAGAAGGAGCUCUUUGGGGGUUGCUAUGAUGACUCGAAGCCCUUCGAGCGUUGCAAGUACGGAGCCUUGAGCGUAAUGAACGACUAUAGAGGAGUCCUCAGUGCGUACCAAUAUGGAGACUCCUACUUGGUCUUGAAGGACGUCCGCUUGCGCACCACCUUUGCCGCCACCGACUCAGGGGGCAUUGCAGGAUCAAGACUGGCUGUGCUGGACAAGUACGCUCAUGUGCUCCAGGAGUACGAUGAUCGCGAACUUCGGGAGCUGGUCGAGGUGGCCUUGGCCAAUACCUCGCUCACCGACGUGGGCGUCUCUCAGCCCCGGCUGCUGCGUGGCAUGAGCUCCGACUGCGCCGCCGAGUGGAUCACGGUAGGCUUCCCAGACUUGCCGCAGAAGAAGGGCCGCUACUACUUCGAGGUGGAGCUGCUUCGUGGCUGCCGAUCGGCACAAGUGGGCUUCCUCUCCAACCAGUUUAUCAUCGCGCCCAAGACGGUGGGCUACAACGGGGGUGUGGGUGAUGAUGACUAUGGCUGGGGAGUGGAUGGACAGCACGCACUUCGAUGGCACGGUGGAAACAAGCUACCCUGGGACAGGUAUUGGUCGGUCUCGCAGAACGAUCCCAUGGAAUUGGAGAAGGACAUCACCGUGGGCGUGGCGAUCGACAUCGACUCGAGGAUGAUCUGGUUCGCCUCGAACGGCGAGUGGGAUGCGGAGAAGUCGCCCUCCUUUGGCCCAGAGACCAUCCCCAAAGGUCAGAUGCUCUAUCCUGCAGUGUCUUUGAAGGGUCGCGCCUCCUUCAACUUCGGCCCGGAGUUCAAACACCCUGCUCCCAAAUUCAAGGGUUUUGCAGCGUGGCCUGGCAUGCCCGAUGGCAAGGUGCGAGCCGAUGUGCCGAUCAUUGGGGAUGAGAAUAAUGUGGGCAUCUACAAGGAGAUUCAGAUCCAUGGAGAGGUGAGCCUCAAGAAGAACGUGCAACGGCUGGUGGCGAACCGGAAGUACUUGGAUCGCACCAAGGACUCUCGCAGCUGGGCGGUGAUCAUCGAUGGUCUUGGCGUGGCCGAGGGAACCUACGGCCGCACCGGUGCAGAGAAGGGCACCAGCGUCUUCUCGCAGAGGGGUGGCGAUCAUUUGCUGCUUUGUGACACUGCCAAGAAGAUCUGGAAGGUGGUGCACAAAGACAAACAUGAUGAGAUCCUUGCUUGGUCUGAAGCGGUGGCAAAUCAUCCACCGAUCCAUUCGCGCCAGGAAGGCCGCACCAUGGAUCCUCCCCGUUCGGGAUGGGAGGUGCCCUACGAGAGCCGAGGUUCUGUGACGCAGGAUAUCUUCAAGAAAGCCAUGAAGGACUGGGCUGGCUGGGCCUUCCCUGGGUCGGGUCAUUUGUGUGCUGGGUCGGGUCCAUGGUUGGACACCGCCAUGGAGAGUUGCCGUGUGGGUGGAGUGGGGGCCCCGGAAACAAAGCAUCAGAAUGGCUUCAUUGAGCAUCUUCAGUUGGCUUCGAAGGAGAUCGGUCUCAGCGAUGGGGAGUGCAAAGCGUUGAUCUCCGCCUUGGGAAAGAACUCCAAGGUGUAUCGCCACCAGGAGAAGACCAACUUUGUCAAGGAGACUGGAGAAGAAGAGAGAAAGUCACUGUUGUGUCCAGAGGCCGCGCACCUUUCAUCACAAGAAGCUGUGGGGCAUCUCUUUAUAUAG